UUUAUUCUGCACAGCGCGUGGCAGCGCACCGGUUCGGAUCCGCACUCGCUCUCUCUCUCUCUCUCUCUCUCGCACACUCGCUCACACGUGCAUACGGACAGACAUAGGCUUCGAGCCUCCGCUACGUUUACACGUAGUCACUGCGGCUGGGCAGUUCAGUUGCUGUAUGUGCCGUGCUGCUCUCUAUGGCAUGACAGACGCGAGUACGAGGCGAGCUGACAGAAUCCAUUCGUAGCAACGAACUGAAGCUGGGAUUUGCCAGAGCGCCUUUCACCUGUGUCGUUAGGCGCUGCGUUCUCGUGUGUACAUAUAUAUUUACUUAUAUAUACAUAUAUAUACGUUCAUAGGCGCAGUCUGGUAGUGGCAGUUGACUUACGAACAACACACGGACACACGUACGUACGCGCGUACGCACACGCACACAUCGCUCAUCAUUCGUCUAUCGUCGAGGAUACGGUUGAGACUGAUGCAUAUAUCAGGACAGGCAGCAGGUAUGAACGAGGCAGACGUGUGGCCGCCUGCUCGCGGCAUGCUCGGUGUGCCCGUGGCGACGGCACCGCCGACACUGCUGUCGCACUUCUACUCGUUCGCCGGCGGUCCCAUGAGCCCCGCUUCGGCCACAGCCGCCCCCCAGCUGCUGCGGGAACACGCGGUCUCCGUCUACACGCCACAGACGCAGGACACGAACGAGCGGCAGAGGUGCGUCGUCAUGCCGCAGCCAAAACAGAAGGACAAAUCAAAAGUUAGCGUACAGCAUUUAGAAUUCGACGGCAUGACUGUUCUCUGCCGUGUGUGUGGCGACAAGGCAAGCGGGUUCCACUACGGUGUCCACUCGUGCGAGGGCUGCAAGGGGUUCUUCAGGAGGAGCAUUCAGCAAAAGAUUCAAUACCGACCAUGCAUGAAGAACCAGCAGUGCUCAAUCCUACGUAUCAACCGCAACCGCUGCCAGUACUGUCGCCUAAAGAAGUGCAUUGCCGUCGGCAUGAGCAGAGAUGCGGUGCGGUUCGGCCGGGUACCGAAGCGGGAGAAGGCGAAGAUACUGGCUGAGAUGCAGCGAGCUAAUCAACAGUCACAGAUCAAUGCACUGCAGGCGGAGCUGGAGGACGAAGAAAAGCUGAUGAACGCCAUCAUGCAGGCGCACAUGGAGACGUGCGAGUACACACGCUCCAAGGUGGCAGCGCUGUUUGACAAGGCGCGCUGUAACCCUAAAUACGCCACCUGCCCCACCCAGAUGGCCUGUCCGCUCAACCCAAAUCCCUCGGGCACGGGGUUCAAGGACAACUCACAAAUGUUGGAGGACUUCUCAGAGAAAUUCACUCCGGCCAUUCGCGGCGUAGUGGAAUUUGCAAAGCGCAUUCCAGGCUUCAGCAUACUCUGCCAAGACGACCAGGUCACCUUACUCAAGGCGGGAGUGUUUGAGGUGCUGCUGGUGCGACUGGCUUGCAUGUUCGACCCUCAGAGCAACACGAUGAUGUUCGUCAACGGACAGAUCUACAAGCGUGAUAUCGGGCAAACAAAGGGCAAUGCCGGAUUCCUCAUCAACUCCAUGUUCGACUUUGCGGAGCGAGUAAAUACUCUGCACCUAACAGACGGCGAAAUCGGCCUCUUCUGUGCUGUAGUCCUAAUUGCGCCAGACCGUCCAGGCAUCAGAAAUCUGGAGUGCAUUGAGAAAAUGCAGGACAAGAUCAUCCAGUCACUGCAGACGGUGAUCAGGGAGAACCACGCCGAGGGUCCGUCGCUGUUCGCGCGCCUCAUCAUGAAGGUGCCCGACCUGCGCACGCUCAACACGCUGCACAGCGAGAAGCUGCUCGCCUUCAAGAUGGACCCGUACGCCAUCACCAGCUCGUCGUCGUCGUCGUCGUCGUCCUCAUCCUCAUCGCCGCUGCAGCACGAGAUGCCCGCAAGCAACGAGCGCCUCUUUAGCGCGCUCACGGGCAUCGCGCGUCCGCCGAUGCCGCCGCCAGCCAACGGCGUCUCGUCGACCGUCUCGCCGACCCCGGCCGGGGGCCUCGCGCGCGGCGGCGGCGGCAGCGGGGGUCGCAGGGUCGCGCCGCUGCCGUGUAUCCAGCGGCCGUGGGAGCAGAUGCCGCACGUCGUCAUGCCGUUCGCGCAGGACCCGCGGCGUCGCCGCAAGGAGGGCUCGCUCAGCCCGCUUGACACAGACAGCAGCGACGCGUCUCAGGUGAGCCCUGUCUCGCUUGACUCGAUGCGCCGCUUCGACGUGCUGAUGCUGCGCCGCGAUGGCGACGCGUCCGACUUCUCCGACGGACGGGUGUCCGUCGGCGGCGGCCCGCCGGCCGCCGGUCACUACGAGCGCGGCGGCGAUUCGGAGCUGUCCGACCGCUCGGAGCCGGACUCACCGCGCAGCUCGCUCUCCGACGGCGCCGCCACCAUGUACAAGCCGCACAAGAAGUUCCGCGCUCACCGCGCGUUGCCCGACGCGCCGCGGCCGCGCUGCGCGUCGCCGUUCGAGCCGAAACACGAGGUGAAGGACGUGCCGGCCGACGGACUCGUCCUCCGCACAGACGCCGCCGCCUGCCCCGUCAACCACGUCUCGCAGCUGGCGUUGGUCGUCAACCGCUUCGCUGACGCCAAGGACACGAAGCCGGCGCGCAUCACCGUGCCGAGCUACCCGUACCCGGACGCCGCGCGGCGCGCGUGGGACGCCGGCGUCGUCUCCGCGGCGACGCGGCCCGGCGCGGCGUACGCGCCGCGCAUGACGGUGGGCGGCGGCGCGCUGGCGUACUCGCCGCAGUUCUCGACAUUCUUCCCACCAGGCAUGACCAGGCCCACAUACCCAGUGACCAUGCAGCCUCACGUGGCGCCCCCUAGACCGACGAUGGAUCGGUGCGAGCCGCUCAACCUAAGCACAAAGAGCUCAGAGAAGCAUCCAGGAUCCUUGAUCCCACUCGGCUGCAUACCAAUCAAAGUGGAGAAAUCCAGCAGCUAA